ACAUGUUUAUUUAAUCUUUUUUUUUUUUUUCCACAUGCAGCUUUUCCCAGCUCCUCUCCAGACUCUUUCUAGGAAGAUUGUACAGUCCAGGACCAAUAGUACCUUAGUUGGAGUCUUUGCCAUUAUCCUGGUUUUUCUAUCUGCCUUUGUCAACAUGUUCAUGUGCAGCACUGUGGAUCUUGCCAGCUGCAUGGCCGCAGAAUACAACAUCACUCCUGACCGGGUAGACAUAUGCCUUAUCAGCAACCUGACUUCCAACUACAGCCUGGGCACCUUGCAGGGAUUCUGUGACAGUCCUUUGCCCAACUGCAACUUUCCAGAGUACUUUACCUACAGUGUCUUAUUGAGUCUCCUGGCCUGCUCUGUGUUCCUUCAGAUCAGCUGUAUUGGAAAACUGAUCCUUAUGUUAAUCAUUGAAUUUAUAUAUGUUCUCAUUGUGGAAGUGCCAGGGGUCAACCUUUUUGACAAUGCAGAUCUCCUGGUUACAGCUAACACCUAUGUGUCUGCAAAUGCAACGUUAUCAUGCUCUCCAGCGAUGACACGAGUUGCGCUGAAGAUUGUGACCCCUGUCAUCAUUACUGUCUUUGUCCUGGCACUGUACUUGCAUGCCCAGCAAGUGGAAUCCACUGCAAGGCUUGAUUUCCUCUGGAAACUCCAGGCCACUGAAGAGAAAGAAGAAAUGGAGGAGCUGCAGGCCUAUAACAGACGCCUCCUCCACAACAUUUUGCCGAAGGACGUGGCAGUCCAUUUCUUGGCUCAGGAGCGGCGAAAUGAUGAACUGUACUACCAGUCCUGUGAGUGCGUGGCUGUCAUGUUUGCCUCCAUAAGCAACUUCUCAGAGUUCUACGUGGAGCUGGAGGCCAACAACGAAGGGGUGGAGUGUCUGAGACUGCUCAACGAGAUCAUUGCCGAUUUUGAUGAAAUUAUAAGUGAAGACCAAUUUCGGCAGCUGGAGAAGAUCAAGACCAUCGGCAGUACAUACAUGGCUGCGUCGGGCCUCAACGAUUCCACUUACGACAAGGAAGGGAAGACGCAUAUCAAAGCUUUGGCUGAUUUUGCCAUGAGGUUAAUGGACCAAAUGAAAUACAUUAAUGAACAUUCAUUCAACAACUUCCAGAUGAAGAUAGGCCUCAAUAUUGGCCCUGUCGUAGCUGGGGUGAUAGGAGCACGCAAACCCCAGUAUGACAUAUGGGGCAACACGGUGAAUGUAGCCAGCCGAAUGGACAGUACAGGUGUGCCUGACCGGAUUCAGGUAACUACAGACAUGUACCAGGUUUUAGCAGCCAACAACUAUCAGCUGGAAUAUCGAGGGGUAAUUAAAGUCAAAGGCAAAGGAGAAAUGACCACCUACUUUCUAAACGAAGGGCCUCCCAUCAGUUAGCACCGAUUGCAGCGUCACGUGAUGACGGAACCUGCAUUACCCAAGAUUGUGAAUCAGAGAAGACUCGCUUUUUGGCAGUGAAGCUGAGAUUUCACACUGGGACUCUGAGCUGGUGUCAGCAAACUCUUUGGCCACCCAUCAUGAAAGGCAAUUGAAGGAAACCACCUUGGAGUUGUUCCUGGCUGAGUGCUAAAUCGACCAAAGAUGUGUACUACAGAGCUCACAGAUAAGACCUGAAUUUGGAAUUUUUAAAAAAGGCUGCUACCACGGGAUGAUAUGAGAAGCUAUUUAAGUAUUUAUUGAGGCAACGCAACAUUUACUUGGUUGAAGGAAUGUAUGAUUCACUACAAAGCAUUAUUUUGGAAUGGAUUUGCACUGCCAUAAUGUUUCCAUCCCAUACUGCCAGCUAUUUGAGGUGUACCACUGUGCUUUUAUUAGCUGUUUUGAAUGGGCUUUCAAAAUUGACACCCACUGUUGCAGCACACAAAAGGCCUUUAGAAGGGCAUCAGUAGUGUGGAAAGACAUUCUAGGCCUAGCCCCCUCUUUUUCCCCUCUUCUACGUGGCUAAAUAACUGCUCAUCUGAGCGGGGCUGGCACAUCCGAUGGAGGGGAAGAUGGAGAUAAAGCAGGACGGCUCUACAACCAUAUUUAUUAAAACGUCUUCUGUGCUCUUCUUUGGUAUAGAUCAGUUUACAUGGGAAAGAUGUAAACAAGAGACACUUUGUGGGGGGAACUCCCCUGAAAUUUGUUGUGGUUUUUUU